AUGUUCAUACUUUCGGAAUUGACCGACUUGGUCCGUAUACCUCCGCAUACAUUCAACAUACCGAUUCAACAUUCACUCACCGACGAGUUGAACAAGAAGUUGUCCAAUAAAAUUAUUUCGAAUCUCGGUUUAGUGGUGACGAUCUGGGAUCUUCUCGAUAUCAACGAUGGACUUUUGAAGCCAGGCGAUGGGGGCUCGUAUGUCGAGGUCCGUUUCAGAUGUAUAGUAUGGAAGCCUUUUAUAGGUGAGAUCAUCACUGGAUGGGUGUCAGACUGUUCAGCUGAAGGGAUCAAGGUCCGGUUGGACUUCUUCGAUGAGAUCUUCAUUCCUAAAAGGUACAUCUUUGAAAACUGUGAAUUCAAGCCGGUGGAGAAAGCCUGGGUGUGGAAGCCAGACGAAGACUCGGAAUUUUUUAUCGAUAUUAACGAGAAGAUCAGGUUUAGAGUCGAAGAAGAGAUCUUUGUCAACAUCAAGCCUAAGUCCUCGGAGGAAGCCAUAGGUUUGGAAGAACCCUCCAAUAAGGCUCCUCCCUAUGCAUUGCUUGCCUCGUGUCAGACUGAUGGUAUGGGCUGUAUCUCGUGGUGGGAAUAA